AUGACAAAGAGCACGCAGGAACUUAAUAGGAAUGGGAUUAUAGGACUGACCUCGCCUUUGCUGAUGAUGUCCACGGAGCUCCUCGCUGCUUUCACGCCGUAUCACGUCGAAGUUGAUCGACGUCGCACUGGAGAAUUAAGUCACGGGGUACUUUCGAACAAUGUUGUAUUUCCUAACUCUCUUACAAAAAUAGCGUCAAAUCACAACAAAGUUCGUUCCAAGAAACGCAAACGAAAGGCAAUUUGUCUUAAGGAUUUUAUAACUGAUGUACUAGAAGAAGAGGAAGAUGAUCAAAUUCCACCUCCGCCAAAAAUUAUUAAAGCACCACCUUCGCCAGCUACGACAGUGCCUUCACGAUCCCUAAAUGAUAUUUUAUCUGCCAAAUCCUAUGGUGACAUUGCCACUACUUCUGGUGAUACUUUAUCAGUAAGAAGCUUGGAACGUAAUAAUAAUGAUUCACCUGCGACCUUAUCGUUAGGUUCAGAAGUUAAUACUUCUCCACAAAACUCCUUAAUCAUUACUGAACCAUGUAAUGUUGAUGAUCAAAUUGUAGACAAACUAAAUGAAAUUAUAAGAAAAACCACUCGGGUAGAAAUUAUGGUGAAAAGAUUAUUACAAAAAAUUAGUAAUGAUCCUACACAUACCCCAUUACAUAAUACUGACAGUAUUAGUAAUACAUGUAUACAACCUUUUACAAAGUACCGGCUGUUAUGUGAAUACGAAGAAAGAUUAAAAUCUGGCGAGGACGCCAGAAAAGAACUGGACAACAUUUUCCGCUUAUGUGGAGGCAACUCCACUAAAGAAAAUAUAAAAAGGGGUUUGCGCCGCAUAUUUGAUGAUAAAUUGGCUCGUAAAUGCUCUUGGCUGGGUAGAAAAAAUAAUUUUCAAGUGUCUAACUUGAUCAUUAUGGAUGUACUAAAAAAUGCAGUUCGAAAAAAUUUUCCGUUAUUAACCGACAAAAUAUUUGAAUUAACUGUUUCUACAUGGCUGAGACAAGCAAAUCUUCGCUUCACGAGAAAACUUGAGAAAUAGUUGUAUGUAUAACUUUAACUUCCUGUCAGUAUUUUUUUAUAUUUUUUGUAUUUUGUUUUAUUUUAACUGUGCACUUUGUAAGUUACUUUUGUUUAAAAUUACCAUAUCAUAUAUGUAAUAAAUACAUAUUCCA